AUGGAACCUUACCUCGCGGCAGGUUCACUGGUCAGCAGGGACGGUGAAGCCGGGAGUGGAGGGAGGCAUGUGAGCUCUACUGGAAGGCAGCAGCUGGUGGGGGUGGGGCGCCGGAGGCGGCGCAGGAAGCCGGGGACGGGAAUACACGGGGAGGACGGCGCCGGGUUGCGGAUCGCCGGCGUGGAAGCUACACAAGAUGCGGCGGCGGCGGGAAGAGCGAAGAGGCGGCGAGGGGAAUGGAUUGGCGCUAAAGAUGGAAUAAUUUCACAGGUUAAGCUCUCUGGUUCCAUCAGCAGUCAAUACUUGAGUUCCUCGUUGAUGGUUGCUCCUUUGGCUCUUGGGGAUGUAGAGAUUGAAAUUAUUGAUAAACUGAUCUCCAUUCUUUAUGUUGAAAUGGCAUCGAAAUUGAUGGAGCGUUUUGGCAUGACUGUGGAGGACAGAUUCUACAUCAAGGGAGGACAAAAGUACAAGUCCCCUGGAAAUGCUUAUGUCGAAGGUGAUGCCUCAAGUGCGAGCUAUUUCUUGGCUGGUGCUGCCAUCACCGGAGGGACUGUGACGGUCGAAGGUUGCGGCACCACCAGUUUGCAGGAUGAUGUGAAAUUAGCUGAGGUACUUAAAAUGAUGGGAGCUAAGGUUACAUGGACUGACACUAGUGUAACUGUUACUGGCCCACCGCGUCAGCCCUUUGGAAGGAAACACUUAAAGGUUGUCGAUGUCAACAUGAACAAAAUGCCUGACGUGGCCAUGACUCUUGCCGUUGUUGCCCUCUUUGCCGAUGGUCCAACUGCUAUCAGAGAUGUUGCCUCCCGGAGAGUGAAGGAAACUGAAAGAAUGGUUGUGAUCCGGACCGAGCUGACGAAGCUGGGAGCAACGGUGGAGGAAGGCCCGGACUACUGCAUCAUCACACCACCAGAGAAGCUGAACGUCACGGCGAUCGACACCUACGACGACCACCGGAUGGCGAUGGCCUUCUCCCUGGCGGCAUGUGCCGAGGUACCAGUCACCAUCAGGGACCCCGGGUGCACCCGCAAGACCUUCCCCAACUACUUCAAUGUGCUAAGCACCUUCGUGAAGAACUAG